AUGGAUAUUCAUGGAUUCAGCCACAGCUUUUGCAUUGCAGUUGCAGCCGCCAUCUUUGGACCAGAGACUGCUAAGGACAAGAUGGACUUUCAAGAAUACAAGAAUUGGACAUCUCUGUUUGGGCCUCUUGCAGAAGGGCAAGUGGACUUGUACAGUUCUUUUUACACACAUACCAUGGAACGAGAUGUACUCCAGACUCAAGUCAAGACUGGGCUGGCUUGUCCUUUACCCCUCCUUGUCUAUAUAUAG